CUUUUCCGUUGAUUUGCCUUUUCCGUUCGUUCGUUCGUUCCUUCCGUUGGCUCGCUUCGCUGCGCUGGUCGUCGUUCGUCUCGCUCCGAUCCCCUUUAUCCGGCCCUCUCCCCGCGCCCGUCCCCUUUCCAUCUCUCGCCUCGAAGCUUCUAGAAGCUCUCGGGGGGAGAGAUCGCAGCCAGCCUUCCCCCCCCCCCUCCAUCCCCAACCCCCUCUAGCGCGCGUUUGCGUGGAACAGUCAUGGCCCUGUGGCGGCGCAGCUACUCCUCCUGGCUGUCCUGCUCCUCCUGCUCCCGCUCCCCCGCGGGCGCCGUCGUCGGCGGGAACGAGGCCAAGGUCUCGCCCGAGAUCGCCCCCGAGGAGGACGCCGGGCGGCAGGAGGAGGUCGACGAGGAGCGGUGGUCGCGCCUGCUCCCGGAGCUGCUCACCGAGAUCGUGCGCCGCGUCGACGCCCGCGCCGACCGCUGGCCCCCGCGCCGCGACGUCGUCGCCUGCGCCUGCGUGUGCCGACGGUGGCGCGACGCCGCCGUCUCCGUCGUGCGGCCCCCGCUCGAGUGCGGCCGGAUCACCUUCCCUUCGUCGCUCAAGCAGCCUGGACCAAGGGAUGCACCGAUGCACUGCUUUAUCAGGAGGAACAAAAAUAACUCCACCUUUUAUCUUUAUCUCAGCUUAACGCAAGCCCUAACAGAUAAAGGGAAGUUUCUACUGGCUGCUCGAAGAUUCAGACAUGGGGCACAUACAGAAUAUAUCAUCUCUUACGACUCUGAUGAUCUAUAUCCAGGAAGUAACUCAGGUGUUGGAAAGAUGAGAUCUGACUUCCUGGGGACAAAGUUCAUCAUCUAUGAUAGCCAGCAACCAUAUGAUGGCGCUAAGCUGUUGAAGAGCCGAUCAAGUCGUCGCUUUGCAAGCAAGCAAAUCAGCCCCCAUGUUUCAGGGGGUAGUUUUGAAGUUGGGCAAGUAACAUACAAGUUCAACUUCCUCAAAUCAAGAGGACCAAGAAGAAUGCAGUGCAAUAUCCAGUGCCCUGUGGAUCAGGCUGCUGCAUCAGAUCCAUCGAAAGAGAAGCCACAAAGCACCUCAAGUUCCUUGUCUCUAAGAAACAAAGCACCUCGAUGGCACGAGCAUCUGCAGUGCUGGUGCUUGAAUUUCCAUGGUCGGGUGACCGUUGCAUCUGUGAAGAAUUUCCAGCUCGUCGCCCCAGCUGGCACCAGUAAUCCAUGGGGCGUUGGAGAUGAGGAGACAGUCAUCCUGCAGUUUGGGAAAAUUGAGGACGAUGCAUUCACGAUGGAUUUCCGGUAUCCCCUGUCAGCCUUCCAGGCAUUCGCCAUCUGCCUCACCAGCUUCGGCACGAAGCUGGCUUGUGAAUAAGUGUAACUGUUGAUCUAUCAUGCAUAGUGGAUGGCGGAUAAUCCUGAACUAUCAUGCCCUGUUAAUACGGGAGAAAACGGAUUAAGGAACCGUGACCGUGUUCACAAUCUCACUGUUCUCUUGUCUAAUGUUGAAGCAAUGUGCACUCAACACUGCUGUGGUGAUUGUUGUUGUAAAUGAUGGUCCAUUUCUUUUGGUCAUU